GUGAAACUGAAAUUGUAGCUGUCCUCAUCGACAAUCCUCAAGAUCAAGGUGAGAAACGCUGCCAGUCCAAAUUUUACUCCCUUUCAUUGCUUUUUGAGUCAGACACCGCCAUGGUCAACCUUCGUUCUCAAAAGCGACUUGCUGCCGCCGUCGCUGGUGUUGGCAAGCGCAAAAUCUGGCUCGACCCCGCUGAGCAAGCUGAGAUCGGGAAUGCCAACUCCCGCUCGCACGUCAAGAAACUCAUCAAAGACGGUCGGGUUAUCAUCAAGCCUACUGUCAUCCACUCCCGCGCUCGCACCCGUGACCUUCUUGCUGCUAAGCGCAAGGGUCGCCACACUGGUCCGGGUAAGAGGAAGGGUACCGCUGAGGCUCGUCUGCCCACCAAGGUGCAGUGGAUGCGGAGACAGCGGGUUUUGAGACGGUUGUUGAGAAAGUACAGAGAAGCAGGCAAGAUCGACAAGCACCUAUAUCAUUCCUUGUACCAAAAAUCGAAGGGUAACGUCUUCAAGAACAAGCGCGUUCUCAUGGAGUACAUUCACAAAGCUAAGGCUGAGAAGAACCGUACCAAGGUCCUCACCGACCAAAUGGAGGCUCGCCGUGGCAAGAACAAGGCUACCCGCGACCGCCGCGCCAAAAGGCUGGCAGAGAAGCGGCAAGCAAUUCUUGCGGUGGAGCACGAGGCAGCUGUUCAGGAGUAAAAUGGUUGUUGGAUAUUCACGAUUUCAUUUUGACCUGCUUGGUCCUGUACCCUAUAGCACUUAUGCUAUGUUCACAUGCCUCUACGAUCCCUCACAUACUUCAUCAUGCAUUC